AUGCGUCCACCUGAUUCCAGUUCACACAAACUGAUACACGAUAUUGGACGCAGAAUGGGCGACCCGCCCCAAAUGUUGAGCAGGAAUAAGGAACUCAGUGCUCAAGCCCGUCAAGAUGAGGCUCGCUUGUUGGGCUCGAAUGUGAGGGAAUGCAGUGGGCCCGUUCGUGCCAACGGGAACCCAACUACCUUGAGCUCCUUGACAGCUAUUUCUCAGGGUGAAGAAUUCCAACCUUCAAAUCGGCCCAGCAAACGGCCGCGCCAUGAGGAUAGAAAUGUUUUCGAUUUGACUGGAGAUAGCAAUGCGGGCCCAACUUCCCCACCCUCUCGACACCUGCUGGCCAGUCAAAUUUCCACUUUCCAAAAAACAAACGGCCCAAUUUCUCGACAUGGCGAAUAUCGGGAAGUAGAAGAAAAUAUGAAGAUUUCUCGAAACCCUCGAGCCCAGCGUGGACGCUUAUGUGAUCCUUCUGAUGAAGAAAAGUUCACUACCUAUGCUGUCCAACAACGCCGAUCUAGCUACUCUCCAAAAACAUCAUCGCCCAACGCCCAUUCUAUCAUUACCAUUGAUAGCAUUGGUACACCCAAAGUAAGGAGUACUUCAUCUGGAGAAAGGCCAGUGAUCCUGGAGAAGACGAAGCAGAGUGGCCCAUCUGUUUUCGAUGCAAAUGAUAGUUUUGAUGAGCUUCAGGGUGAGACGACUACUCGACCCGUACCAAAGUUUCUGGACGGAAAGAAAACUCCAGUUGGAAAACUCUUGUCACCUUCCCAGAAACGCCCCCAGUCAGAUAUUGAACGAACUGUGUUCGAAUCCUCGCGAAAUGUACCUAAAAAGGUCAAGCGCAAUCUGAAUGCAACUCAAAGUCGAUCUGACCACGUGAAAUUCGAGAUCUGUUCAAUUCGAUAUGGCCUUAUCAAAAAGGACAACGGAUCGGCAGGAAGUGUGAAAAUUGCUGUUGAUCAUGAAAAGAUUGUUCUAGGCGAAGAUAUUGUGGGUCCGUUCCAUGAGAGUGUCGAUAUUUCCAUCCGCAGCGUUUUGAAGUUCUUUGAAGGAGAGGAUCCGAGUCACAAGGCGAGAUUGGCUUUGGCGAAUACGAACGACUCUCCCAAUAACCCGGUGGAUAUUGAGUUCCUAACAAGAGACGACAUGCUUGCCUUUGGACGCUCGCUGGCUGGUUUCAAUAUCAAAUUCAUCACAAAAGAAGUGGAUGCUAUCGACAAGACGUUUCAGUAUCAUGAACGCCAAAUGGUACAGCAGAUUGCCCGUGCAAGGAACAACCAUAGAUCUGAGGGCAUUCCUGUCAAGAAAUACCGCACAGUGGAGACACCUGAGCGACAAACACGAUCAUCAGCACAGCAUGCACCUGACACUCAGAAGGAACAAAUUUCUUCAGAUGGACCUAAAUCACCCGAAGAUAAAUUUCGCAAGCGAUGGAAGAAGCCCAUGGUUUAUCCACGGAUUGGAAAGAACAGGUUCGAAGUUAGUGUGGAAGAUCGGGACCGGCUGCGCGAGGGUGAAUUCCUCAAUGACAACCUUAUCGGGUUUUACCUGCGCUUUCUUCAAGACCAUUUGGAGCGCAAUAACAAGGAAGCAGCGAAGCGAGUCUAUUUUUUCAACUCCUACUUCUUUGAUACACUCACAAAAGUUACCGAGGGUGAACAAGGGAUCAAUUACAGCGGUGUUGAGAAGUGGACACGUAACGUUGACCUCUUCAGCUAUGACUACAUCCUCGUGCCCAUUAAUCAAUCCGCCCAUUGGUACAUUGCUAUCAUUUGCAAUCUUCCUAUCUUAUCCAGCCUGGCGAAAGAUGGCAACAAGGAGCAAGUCUCUGUCGCCCCAGAGACGGAUGAGCUUUCGAGUCAGCCGAAAAUCGAAGUUGAACUGGUACCUGAGACUCCUGAGCCUCAAUUAGCGCCGAGUUCAUUGGAAGUACCGGAAUCGCCAGUACCCAAAGACCAGGAGCAACCCGUCAAUGCGUCCCAGGUUGACGUUCCCUCCAGCAGUUCAACAAAGACCGAAGCUCCUGAAACCGAAGUGUCUGCUACAGAACUUCACCCGAAAGUUCACAACGCCCUAGAAGAAUCAUCUGCCAGCCUAACACGCUCAAGUCGCAAGAGAAAGCAGAAGGUCCUGAAAGUAAAUCCAACGAUUAUUACUUUCGAUUCUCUCGAUACCAAUCGAACAGUCACCAUCAAUAGACUGCGCGCAUACAUUUGCAGAGAAGCGGCUUCUAAGCGUGCGGUUCUCAUUGAACCGAACCAAAUGAAGGGCAUGCGCGCUCGACAGAUUCCACUCCAGCCGAACUUUUCCGACUGCGGCCUCUAUCUCAUGGCAUACGUCGAGAAGUUUGUUCAAGAUCCAGAUGUGUUUAUCACCAAAACUCUUCAGCGAAAGAUGGAUGUCCAAGUUGAUUGGCCCAAGUUGCGCUCCGGUAUACUUCGAAACCGACUGCGCCAGUUCCUUGACGAUAUGUAUGAGGAACAAGGAAAAGGCAAACGUGAGCCGACAGAGAUGAAGGUCACAAUGGUUGAUCGUCAGCCCGUCUCAUUUCUCUUGGGAUCGCCCACUCCUGUCCAAGAAGAUGCGGAGCCACCCAAGGUGGAGCCACGGGAUUCGCCUGUGGAAUCUGUCGUUUAUGCAGGUGAGGGAUCAGUUUUGGCCUAA